AUGACCGAGGACGAUUCUGUCAUCGGCAUCCCAAAGCGCUCUUGGAAGAAAGGGCAAUGGUGGCCUGUUUCUCUUGCCAUUGCUAGAGCUGAUGCAGGACCCACCAUUGUCGAAGAGAAGACUGAGUUCAACGUGGUUAUCGAGGAUGUCCCCAGCAGUUUGAGGAUUUCGGUGAUUAACGUGGUGAAGGCGUUGACGAGCUUGGCUUUGAAGGAGGCUAAGGAUUUGAUUGAAGGGUUGCCUAAGAAGUUUAAGGAAGGGGUUUUUAAAGAUGAGGUUGAAGAGGCCAAGAAGCAGCUUGAGGAAGCCAGAGCUAAGAUUGCUAUUGUGUAA